AUGGGGGUGGAAUCGGAGUUGCAACCUUCGCUGCUUCGGUUUAUGUCUCCGGUGACAGAAGUCACAAAACUUGGUUGGAUACGGCAAAGUCUUACGGAGGAACAUACUUACUCCAUAUUCUGGAAAGGGGACCAUCCCCUCCGCCGUCUGCGUCCACCUGAGUUGCAUGCGGUUUUGCGGGAGUAUUUCCCUAAUCCGGAGAAGAUACUGGACGUGCGUUAUACGCGUAAUGGUCUCCUUUUACUAAAAACAUUAGAUCCGGACGUAGCGGCUACGGCCCUUGGGGUUACGUCUUUGGGGGACACGCCGGUUUACGGUCGGCUGGCCCAAGACUGCGUAUCUACAGGCUACGUUAUUCGGGGAGUGGAUACGACAAUAUCUGCUAAGGAAAUCCACGAUUUACUUGAGGCCGGAGUUCCAAUUCUCGAGGUUCGGCGGUUUACUCGGAAGGUGGAGGGUGUCAUGGCGCCUAGUACUACUGUUUAUCUGUCGGUGGCCAGUGUCACUCCGCUGGCGUUUGUAAAAUUAUAUUAUCAACGGUUUCGAUGCGAACGUUUCUACCCCCGUCCUCGGCUGUGUUUGCGGUGUCUAAAUUACGGUCACGGGCAGGCAAAUUGUAGAGGCAGUCGGAAAUGCCUGAAAUGCGGACGAGAUCAUGACGCGACGGAUUGCGAGGCGGACAAUAUAAGGUGUGCAAGGUGUGGAGGAGAACACACAGCAGACUCAGCGCACUGUCCAGAAUAUCAACGGGAGGCGCGGAUAUUAAAACUGCGUACGCUACACAGGUGCUCUCACAUGGAAGCGAGGGGUAAAUUGGAGAAGACUUCCCAAUCCCCAAAAACAUAUGCUCAGGCAGCCAGAGUAAUAUCUGGAUCCCAGGCGGGAGACAGAGAAAGAGUACGACAAACACAGAGUAAGCAGGCAUCGGGCAAUGCCAGGGUGGACGAGGGGGUGUUGCGGACGCUUAUAUCUAGAAUAGCGAACUUGGAAACAGCUAUAGUGGUAUUACGUAAUGAACUUUUUGAAUUGCGGAAGUCGUGCCAAGGGAGUACCGGGGUGGUGACUCAGGGGAGCCAGCAGGUAGAAUCAAGGGAGAUCACGCAUCCUCCAGGGUCGGGAAAUGCGAAUUUCAAACGUCCUUCCCAAG